GAAAUAGCCGUUGACGAUCAUGGAGCAUUGAACUAGCACCGUCAAGUACUGCCAAAAUGUCUGCCCUGCCGGACGACACACUACGAAAGAUCUUGGUCCAAAUUCAACAGACCGCCGUCCAGUCACAACGUGCUCUCAAUAUUUCUAGACAGCAAUCUGCCUCAAAAGAUCGCGAGCGAAGGAUACUCCAGCUCACUAUUGAUGAGAUCCAAGGUAUUGAAGGAGAUGUCAACUUGUACAAGGGUGUUGGCAAAAUGUUUAUGAUGGUCCCCCGGAAAACGAUGGAGCAAGAACUCAAAACCCAGGAAAAGGAGCUGACGGAUGACAUUAAUAGCUUGAACAAGAAGGCAAAAUAUCUUGAAAAGCAAUUCAACGACGCACAAUCUCAGCUGCGGGACAUUUUCCACCAUAGCCCGAAGCAAUGAGGCCUAAUUUAACAGUUAUUCAGCACGCACUACUGUAAUAUCAACAGAUCACACUGUACAAGAUCACACAUGACAUAAGCCCCGCAAGAACCUGUAUUUGAGCGCUCGAUAGUUGCGUUUCAUGUACUGGCACUACAGAUAUUCAGAGCUCAAGUUCCUUCCCACACCAGUCUCCCCUGGGCAGACAUAGACGAAGGAAGUCAGUCGUUCCUCCUUAUUCACACAGCUGGAGAGCGAGGUGCUCUCCAAGGGCAACUUGGACGUGAACGUCUGAACAUUAAGAUCUAAGGGAAGAGGUCUUCAGAAUAUGCACAAAAAGCUGCGCUUUUGAGUACUUCGAGUUUCAGAAC